AAGGAGGGCAGCCGCCGCCUAUUAAUAGGCCGCCGCUUCCCAGCGGCUUCUUGCGCCGGGCCGGGCUCCGGAAGCGUCGCCCAGCAUGCGGCAGGUCAAGGUGUGGGUGCUUGCUGGGAUUCUCCUAUGCAGGCUGCAUUUCCUUGGGUUAGAGGCUUUCAAGGUGAGCAAGCGCCCAAUGCGGACUCGAAGUUGUGCCGACCGGCCUGAGGAGCUUCUGGAACAGCUGUAUGGGAGGCUUACAGCUGGCAUGCUCAGUGCGUUCCACCACACCCUGCAGCUGGAGCCGCUGGAGAAAGAGCACAACGUCAGUUGCCCAACGGGAAGUAAGUCUUCUGUGGAUAAGAAAUACCGGCUCCCUAUCAACCUCAACAGCGUCUCUCCUUGGUCAUACAGAAUUUCCUACGAUCCCACAAGGUAUCCAAAGUACAUUCCUGAAGCAUAUUGUCUGUGUAAAGGCUGCCUUACUGGAGCAUACGGGGAAGAGGAUUUCCACUUUCGAAGCACCCCGGUAUACAUGCCAACGGUCAUCUUGCGUCGCACCACGUCUUGCACCGGAGGCCGCUACGUUUACACUGAGGAUUAUGUCACUAUCCCUGUGGGCUGCACCUGUAUACCAGAACAUGAAAAAGAAGCCGAGGGCAUCAACUCCAGUAUAGACAAGCAAGCGGCGAAACUGCUAGUGAAUCAUAAUGACAAGCCAGCAUCGGAAUGAAGAUAACAGAUGGAACUCGCUAGAGUGGGUUUGUGGUGCGAGGCUCUGCUAGCUCCAGGGAAUGACAGAGCCAACUUUCACAUAUGUUUCUGCAUCACUUGAUGGUUCCUUCCGUCAGAUCUGAGUUGCAUGUGUGAAUGCUCCAUUGCAAAGCUAUUAACUAACCAGGACUGUCAGCGCCGCCUCAAAUGCAGUGCUGUUCAGAGGCGUAGGAUCACAUACUCGGCUUCAGCUCGGGACAAUAGUUGAAAAUUUAAGUUGUCUGCAGGCAUGUGUGAAUCAAUAGAAACGAAUACAGAAAUACAAAUGAUGAAGAUAGAAUAAACAGGAAUGUCAAGGCUAUCCUGUAGUUUUAGAGCAGUGGUUCUCAACCUGGGGGUCGGGACGCCUUUGGAGGUCGAACGACCCUUUCACAGGGGUCGCCUAAGACUCAAUGCAUCAGUGUUCUCUAUCUGUAAAAUGGAUAAAUGUUAGGGUUGGGGGUCACCACAACAUGAGGAACUGUAUUAAAGGCAUUAGGAAGGUUGAGAACCACUGUUUUAGGGUAUUAAGGCGAUUAGGAGAUUUACCACAAAAUCACACAAAUAGAGAAAGAACUAUAUGGAUGGUGGUUUUGGAGUGCUGAAAAAAUGACAUGACGCAGUAGAUGAAUUCAUCAAUCAAAAUAUUUUGGAUUGCUUCAGUGGCCAAUAUAUGUGGUUGCCAAUGCAGGCAAAGGAUUAGGGGAAAAUCUUGGGGAGCUGUUCUUUCCCAGAGCAAGCAGAAGCAGAGGGAAAGAGAUGCCAAGUCUGCUUCCUCCUCCUCAGACAUUCAGCACAAGACACCUCCACUCAAAUGCUCUGCAAGAUGUGGAGGAUUUGAUGGAGAGGACCUGUGUAUGCUGCUGACUAUCCUGGCCAAGGCAGGGGCUCACCAGAGGCCUUUGCAUUUGGGGUCUGAUGAACUGAUUUGUAAAGGACUGUGCCAACAAAAUAUGACCCUUAAAAUCCUCCUGGCCUUACAGCACUGAGAAUGCUCUUUCUAAAAGUGAUAGUGUUGCUUUUUUAAAAAGAAAAAAAAAUAAUCUGUUUAAUUUUUUAAAUAAAGAAAUAUAAUCAGGGUUAAGUUUAGCAUCCUAAGAAUUUUAACCUUUCAUAUUAUGCUCAAAAGGUGCCACCCAGGAAAAGCGAGGCAUGACAGCGGCCCAUGGGCAGUCCGUGGAAAUGCAGCACACAGUUAAAUGGUUACUUACAUUUCUGUCAGACAUGAAUGCAGCAACCUUUCACUCCAGCGUGGUGUA